CAAUCAACAACGAGAAAGGCAUACGUCUAUAAAAAAAUGACACUUAUCUCGCAAAUAUACCUUUCAAGCGACACUAGUAAAGCUACUUUGAUAGGAACAAGUAGCGAGCACUCUUAACAUACAGUCGACGCCAUUAACAUCAAGAUGGCUUCAAUAGCGGUUUGGGUGAUUGUUUUUGGAAUUCUUACGUAUAAUGGCAACUGUUACGUCUGGCAAAGCCGUUCACAACUGAUGGCCUAUGUUGACAAGUACUUCAAAAAUGUUUACAACAUUCCUCCUAGACAACAGACCGCAGCAAGGUUGACAAAAUACUUCCUAAAACGUAUAGUUCCCGUAGGCGCUAACAUUAAAGGACGAAAAAUCACCAAGAGAUCCUAUCCUUCAGUGGAAUACGCACAAUUCUACGACACCAUUUUUAUAAUCGAUUCCUCGUCGUCAGUCAAUCGGAGAAAUUUCAAGCGAGGGAUUCAAGCUCUCCAGAAAUUAAUCGACCGRGGSCAYCCCGACUCUUACUACUCGGCCAUUACGUUUGCUAGCGACGCGAGACUGGAGUUCCGUUUUGUUAAUAAAAAGAUCGCAAAGCUGUUGCUUAGAAAUAUUAAACAUCGUCGUGGACGCACCAAUACGCAGGCUGCUUUACGUAUGGCGUGGUACGAUCUCAUACGUAGUAAUUCCUCGAAUAUUCGCUACGGAAGUGUGCGGCGUAUUUUUCUUAUUACAGACGGAUUAUCAAACGUAAAACAUCAUUUAACGUUGUUUCAGGGAUUUAGACUCAAGGCAAAUGGAAUACAGAUUUACGUAAUGGCAAUUGGACGUUAUCGUCAAGGAUUUGAAGAAAUAUUAGGGCUUGCUAGCACUGCGCAUGCGCAUUUAUAUCGGGUUGGUCACAUGAAGGGAUUUCAGAGAGUCGCAGAUUUAAUUCCCACAUGGCCGCUGAACAAGAAUGAGGUUGAUUCAUGGAAAACGAGUGUAAAAUAUAGAAGAUACUUAUUUAAGACAAGGAUAAGAAUGAUUUGAAUGAAAUAUGGGUGUGCCACCGUAAUAUCGGCGGAAAGCAGAGCUCUUAUUCGCCUCCAUUACAAGACGAAUUAAAAGAAGCUAAUUGGCAACCAAACGUUCUGGUUGCUAGUUAUAAACGCUUUGCAGCGUACAAAUUCGCAACAAUUCUUGGUGAUUUGGAAACAUUUCCCAAGAAUGAGAUAAAAACUAACGCUUCUUCACUCUAUCGAAUAAGUUCCGGAAUUGAAAUUGGUUCCUGAAAGAAGGCGUAGACCUUAUACAGUAAUGUAUAUGAAAAUACAAGAACCUACUUUAACAACCUUGGCAUCCUAAG